GGCGUAUAUUUUGUUGUAAUUUAAUUAAUUAAGAUACUUCGAAGUUUAUAUAAAUUAUCAGUGUGGUUAAUUAGAGAUAACUCAAACUUAACAUACAUAAGAGUUUAUUCGUUUUAGACUUACGUACAGAUAAGAAGUUACUUGUAAUUGUACCAUGGAGGAUAUAAAAAAUAUUCGUAUAACCCCUAUGCCAGAAUCGAAAUACGUGAAGCCGCUAAGGUUCCACUACACUCAGAAUGGGAUGGAAAAGAACUGGGAUCUACUGGCAGUUCACGACAGCGUGGCUAUCGUUAUUUACAAUGUUACAAGAAAAGUUUUGGUGUUAGUUAAACAGUUCCGUCCAGCCAUGCAUUUCAACAGCGUUCUCCCAGAAGACCGUGAGAAGGAAACCAUAGACAUUGAGAAAUAUCCACCCUCUUUGGGACUGGCCCUCGAGGUAUGUGCUGGGAUUGUAGACAAGGAAAAAUCUGUGUUGGAUAUAGCCAUUGAAGAAGUGUUGGAAGAAUGUGGAUAUAAUGUCCCUGCUGAAAAUAUGGAAAGGAUUAUUUCUUACAGGUCAGGAGUUGGUGUGCAAUCUGCUCUGCAGACACUCUUUUUCUGUGAAGUGUCAGAUGACAUGAAAACUGAGCGUGGCGGAGGAGUUGACGAUGAACUCAUAGACAUUGUUGAGAUGACAAUUUCUGAGAUGGAAAAGUUACUAAGCUCCCCAGGACCUGUGCAGAGCCCACCCAGCUUCCUGUUCGCAAUGAUGUGGUUCUUGCAUAACAAGGCUAGCAAGUAUAUUCGGUCGUUCGACUACACUUGUUCUGAAUGCAAAAAGCAGAAAGAACCAGUCCGGGAUUGGCUCAUACAGUAAUGUAAGUCUAUCUGAUAUACAGAAUGAUUUUUAAUUUGACGUGUACCUUGAACGGGGUUCUAUUAGGGCUAAGUUUCAAUUAUUUUAGCCCAGUCGGCUAAGAUGAGUGGUUCCCCUUUAAGGUAUAGGUCGAACUACUUAUUUCCUAAAGUUUAGGAAAAUCUCACAAGAAUUAAAGGAAAUGUCCCUUAUGCAAAGUGAAAUCUUGUGAUAUUUCCGAGGUCUUUCCAUGUAGAAAAUUUGGUAACUAACAAAAUAUGGGCCGACAGACCUGAAAUAAAGAUUUUCAUUUCAAAAAAAAACUUUCCGUGAGCACAUGAGUAGUUGUAUUAUCGAGUUGAGUUACAAAUAAAUGCGUAGAACAUGUACAAGUACCUAAACUUAUUAGUUUGUGAUUGUCAGAUGGUUCUAUACAUUUAAUUUUUUACCAUUGAUAAAACCGUGAUUAUGUCGAUGUUUUAAAAAAUCUUGCGUAUUUGGACUUGAGGAUUAUUUUGAUAAGGUAGAAAUUUUAAUGUAUAAAAACCGCCUGUCAUCAAAAACAAGUAACAAAGCUGCAGGUAGAAGUAAAUACAUUAAUCAGUUUCCAUUGUAAUGUGUAAUCAGAAUUAAAAUUGGCAUGAAGUAUUCGAUAGGGCAAAUUAGAACUUAAUCUACUAUGUAGACCUAAUUAAAUGACUUGUAUUUAGUUAUUGGAAACCAGUUAGGCAGAAUUUACAGUUCCUAUGUAACGCAGCGUCUUAUACAAGCGAACAACUCGCUAACGCGAAGCGAAGCGGCGCUGCGGCGGGCCCACGGCGUUCGCGUUCGCAACGAGAUCGCCCACGUAGGACACUUCUAUUAGGUAUCAAAGGAUUGAUUCACCCCGCGCCACGCCGCUUCGCGUUCGCGUUCGCGUGUUGUUCGCCUACGUAGUCCACUGCGUAAGAUGCGUUCAAAAUAACUUUAGUGUUUUAAUAGUCCCGCCAUAAUAUGAAUAAUUCAGUCACAAACAUCUUUAUAAGCUUUUUCACAUUUAUAUCAGUAGUAUUUAGUAAAUACUGUGUAUGUUUGUUUGUAUGCAAAGGGGGUCAGAAAUACUAUUUACUAGAUCCGUAUUAGAUAUGCAUACAAACAAACAUACACAGGGGGUCAAACGUCUCGGCAAAUCAUCGGUACAAUCAGCAGCUGAAGUAGGUAAGCAAGCAGGCAAGGUGUUCAAAAUUAUCUAAUAAAUAAUAAUAAAGUAGCGCCAAUGAAAUUUUGAACACCCGACUUGCUCAUUUAUUUCUACUUAGCAGUUUACAAUCUUUACAUACGUUUUCCUAUUUUAUCAAACUAUGUAUUUUUAGCAUAGACAUAUAUGUUACUUCGUAAAGACCGGCCUUACGAGCACUACGAAUGGGGUCAAAAUCGCAUUUAGUUACACCAGCCAGCCAGCCACUCAGUCGUACUCGUGUCAUGUGGCGAAUUGCGCAAUGGAAAAGUGUCACUAUUGGUGUAAACAAAGUAUAAGCAUAUGCAUACAAUUCCGACCGAACACCGACGCCUUUCCACUGCGCAAUUCGCCACACGACACAAGCACGACUACUGGCUGGUGUAACUAUAUGCGAUUUUGACUCCAAUGUAUCUAUUUAUUUAUUUAAUUUAUUUAGAAACAAACAGUCUCUUAUAUUAAUAACUUGUUACAAUGUAGGGUAAUAGACUUAUAGACCUACAGUUUCCUAAAAAAUAGUAUGAAAACCAUGUGACUUAUAUAAAUACUAAAUUAAACUAGAAAUAUAAAUUCCAAGUUGUCAAAACAAUGUUACAACAAUACUCUUUCAUUUUAACAAAAAUAAAACAAGAAUGGAGAAAUAAAACAAAAAUGGAUAAAACUAAAAUAAAUAAAUUGUAAACAAAACAAAAGUGCAAUUAAAGUUAAUUUUCUAAUUAAAGCCUGUUAAAGCCUAUUAAUACACUUCAAGGUCAGGCGUUUGAAGGUACAAAACUUGUAUCGACCCCAUUCGUAAUGCUCGUAAGGCCGGUAUUUACGAAGUAAUAUAUAUGUCUAUGAUUUCUAGAAUAUCUCUUUUUUUGCGUAUAAUUUUAAAGUUAUACUAUACGUAUGUUUUACACUCAGACCUUUUAACCCAUUAGCGCCCAUUGUACCCACUUGGGUACACCUGGGUUAUGGUGUUAGAUUCGAUUUUUUACUGUUACUCUAUCUAACAGCAUUUAAAAAAAAAGGUGGGUUCCAAUAUGUGGGUGUAAGGUGUAGGCACAGGUACUAAUAGAAUAACUCACCAACCAUUGCGCUUGCAAAAAAUAUUACAUAAUUUCGAUGGUUUUUUUUUAGUGCUUUUUGCAUAACAAUUUUACCUUCAUAAUUCAAGCGGAAGCCGUUUCCAAUAACUUAUUAAACUAUUUUUUUUUCUUUGCAGAGUAAGUAGGUAAUAGAAGAAUAAAAAACAUUUUUUACCCUAAUAAAAUGUUAAUUUAAUCCUAAUCUAUAUUGUUAUUUUUGGUUAUAAAUGCAUAAUUUGAACCUGUGAUUAAU